CAGUUGAAAGUGAAGGAUCUUGUGCUUUCUGCCCAUGACAGAGCUGCCAGGAACUGCCCUUGGACAGUGGGCCUCUGGAAGCGGUAUCUUCUGGCUAUGGAGAGACAUUGUGUAGAUCAUGAAGUGGUGACAGAGAAUUUUGAGAAGGCUCUUAAUGCUGGAUUCAUCCAGGCCACCGAUUAUGUGGAUAUCUGGCAGGCUUACCUUGACUAUCUCAGAAGAAGAGUGGACUUCACAAAAGACUCUAGUAAAGAGCUAGAAGAGCUGAGGGCAUCAUAUGUUCGUGCUGUUGACUAUCUUAAGCAUGAAGUGGAGGAACGUUUCAGUGAGAGUGGAGACCCAUCAUGUAGCAUAAUGCAAAACUGGGCCAGCGUAGAG